AUGGGCGGUUCGAGGAUAUUUGUCAGGGACACCGGCGAUAUGAACCUUACCACCGCACAACGUGAGACCAUCCAACUCGUGGAGCGCCUGGGUGCCUCCAUCAGCUUGAUCGGUGUCUGUCUUAUCUUUGCCGCCUGGGGCUUCUUGCCUCGGGUUCGCACUAUCCCGAAUACCUUCAUUUUCUUCGCCUCCUUGGCCAAUGUGGGCGCCAGCAUUGCGUGCCUCAUCGGCCUCAACGGCAUCUUCGCCGGCGAAGAGUCGGCACUAUGCAAGACACAGGCAUUUUUUCUCGAGAUGUUUAUGCAGUCCGACCCCUGGUGGUCGUUUGCCAUGGCCGUCAAUGUUUACAUGGUUUUCUUCAUGAGCUUCUCGCCGAGCGCCUUUCGCAAGCACCUCUGGGUAUACUGCUUGAUUUGUUACGGUAUCCCGGCUAUACCUGCUUUUAUUUGCGUCUUAUACAAACCCAACGGGCAGCCCAUCUACGGCGAUGCCACACUCUGGUGUUGGAUCAACGACAACUACAAUCCGUUGCGGAUUUUUACUUAUUACUUGCCCAUCUGGGCCUGCAUUUUGCUGUCUGCUAUUAUCUAUGGUGCCGUCGGAUACCACGUCUUCCAUCAUCGCAACCAGCUCCGAAACUUGAGUCUCAGUACUCAGGCGCGGGAAUACGGCUCCGGUACCGGGGAACAGGAAAAGGAACAACAAAGUUAUGGUACGGUGACCACAGAGGUGCGAAUCACGGCCGAAUCUUCUGGCAGCCAAAGCCCGCCCUCAACUCCGUCCGGUUCUACUGCGCCAGUGCUUCACAAGCCGGCUCCCGCCACUAUACGUGCCCCCUGGGACUUCUCCGACGACGAGGAUGAGGCCAAUGACGAUAUCGAGCGCUUCCCCCAAGCUAUCCGCGGCCGCACCCCAAAUCAACAUCACCUAACUCCGCCUUUCACGACGUCAACUGUUUCGACCGGCCGUCGCCCGCCCUCACCACCCCGCGACACAACCAUUACGACCCCUGGCAUGACGGCCCCCAACAUGACCACCACAUCGACCAUAACCUCGACCGCCGAGCCGCCUCUCCCCAAGUCCAACAGCUUCGUCCAAGGCUGGCGCAAGUUCCAACGCCGUCUCGCGCACCUCGAUCCCGUCAAAAUGGCCUACCUGCGCACCUCCUUCGUGUUCGCCAUCUCGAUUCUCGUUACCUGGACCCCGAGCAGCAUCAACCGUGUCUAUUCGCUAGCCUACCCGAAACAAGCCAGCUACGCCCUCAACCUUGCCAGUGCGGUGGUCCUACCCCUCCAAGGACUUUGGAAUGCGGUCAUUUUUGUCGCGACAAGUUGGUCCUUAUUGAAAGCGGAGUGUAGCGAGUUCAACAGGCGGGGCUGGUUUGGGUUUGGCGGGGUCAUGGGACGACCCAGGAGGAGGCUGGGUAGUAGUGGUGAUGGCACUCAUGGCGAUAACGUGGGCGGUUAUGGGAACGAUAGGGCUAAGGGCCUGUCCCCCCUGACGCCUGGGUUUCGUCAUUGGGAUGGGAAUGCCCCGGAAAGCCGGGAACUGACGCCUAUGCCGAGGGUGUCGAAUAUGAGGGUGAUUAGGGGUGGUUCACUUUGA